GAUUAUGAUUAUUACGAUUACGUGAUAAGCGGGUAACCAAUAUCACAAAGUAUAAAAAAAUGGUCACAGAAAAUCAAUUUUACUGUUAGAUACAAUAGAUAUAUAAGUCUAAUUUGCAUUCACAGUGAUUGGUAAUAAUAGUCAACGUUGUUUUGUUAUUGUUAUUGUUGUUACUGUACACAUAGUUUGAUUGUGAUAUAUUUCAUUAUUCAUAUGCAACGACGAAUAGACGAAUAUAUUGGAAUAUCUAUCUAUAUAUAUGUAAUAUAACAGUAUAAUCUAUUAUUCCUUCCUAUAGUAUAUCCAUUGAAACUUAUUGUAAUUCUUGAUUACAUAAUAAAUAGAUCAAUUGCUUAUGAAUAGGAAUGCUUCCAUUACUUGAAGAGAUCAGUUUAAAUUGUCAAUUACCAAGUGAAUUAUGUCUAUUUAAACAAUACGAUGAUAUUCAAUGGUCAGUAGAUGAAAAAGAAGAAAUAAGUGAAACAAAUGAAAUAAUAAACAAUGAUUUCCUAUCUCAAACUGAAAACACUACACAACAUAAUGAUGAUAUAAACAAACCAAAUGAUUAUAUGAAUGAAAUAUUCACAGAUAUACCGGAUGAUUUAGCUUGGCAAUCCACUUCACCAUGUUCAUCCGAAUCCAUUGAUUCAUUUUCAUGUAGUCGUAAUGAUUUAAGAAAUUAUAUAGAAGAUCAUUUAUUAUCAAAUCAAAAAUCAUUCUCUUCAGAUAAAUCACUUGAAUGUAUGAAUAUAGAUAACAAUAUGUCAACAAUGAAUAUUUUAAGUAUAUCAAAUCAUUUUGAAAAUACAUUAGAUCCAUCAUUGUUUUAUCCAAUGGAUUAUACAAUGACACAUAAUUAUUGUUUAAAUGAAUACGAUAAUCACCAUAGAAAUGAUGAAGAAUUAUUCAAUAAUAUAAAGGAACAAACAAAGAUCACUUCAAAUGAUCUUAAUGAAGAUGAGUCUCAAUUGGAAAGUACAGAUAUAGCUUGGAUGGAUACAUUAGAUGUUUCUAAUUUACGUAUGGAUGAUGUUGUACAAAUUUUUUCAACAGUUAAUUCAUUAAAAUCUACAUCAGAAGAAAUCAAUAAAUUUGAUUAUUCAAUAACAUCACCAUCAUCAUCUCCAUCCUUAACACCAUCAUCGUCGUCAUCAUCAUCAUCAUCCUCAACACCAUCAUCGUCAUCAUCACAAUCAUCAUCCUCAACACCAUCAUCAUCCUCAACACCAUCAUCGUCGUCAUCAUCAUCGUUGUCAUCACCAUCAUCAUCAUCAUCAUCAUCAUCAUCAUCAUUAUUUCAACAUAAUUAUGAUCGGAAUAAUAAACAUUUACAAUUGAAUCAGAAUUCAAUAUUCAAUGAUAAUGAGAUCAUUUCGAAUGAAGAAGAACAAAUUGAACAUAAACUCCCAUAUAAUAAUGAAAAGAAUAAUGAUGAAUAUAAUUCAGAUAGUACAUUAACAUGUUCCGAAGCUGAAUAUUAUAAUAAUUUAAUACGUCAAAAACGUUUAAGAAAAUAUCGAACUAAUAAACGAAAAUUUAAGCAUAGAUCUUUAAUUUCAAAUGAUCAAGAUGGAUCCUAUUCACCAUCAUCAUCAUCAUCUUCUUCUUCUUCUUCUUCUAAUGAUGAUGAUGAUGAGGAGGAGGAGGAGGACGAGGAGGACGAGGAAGUGGAGAAGGAGAAGGAGAAAGAAUAUGAAAAGAUAGUAAAUAAUCAAUGUAAAAAGUUUACUUAUCAUUCAAUUACUACUAAUUUACAUCAUCGAAAAAAACCUCCUUUAUCAGAGCAUUAUAUACAAUCAUCAAAUGAAAUAAAUGAAUAUGAAUCAUGGUGGCCUAAUCCUAUUACACGACGUAUGCAUAAAGAUUUUCGUUCAACACUUUGGUUAUCUAAUGAAUUAUUAGAUUCCAAUGAUAAAGAGAUACAACAACAAUCUACCACUUCAAUGAAUAAAAUCAAAUCAAGAAAACAUCGGAAAUUCGCCCAUUCACAUUCACAUUCACAUAAUAAUCAUGAUCGAUGUAAAAAUAAACAAAUGGAAUUAUGGCAAUUUAUAUUAUAUAGUUUAGAGAUUAGUAAAGAUAGUGCAUUUCAAUGGGUUAAUAAAUCAACUGGAUUAUUUCGUAUUGUAAAUACACAAUUAGCAGCAAAAGAAUGGGGUUAUUAUCGUAAUAAUAAAUUAAUGGAUUAUGAAAAAAUGGCAAGAGCUAUAAGAUUUUAUUAUAAAGAUUCAAUAUUACGUAAAUCACGUCAACAAUUACAUUUUCAAUUUGCUAUGCCUUAUGUAAAAUGGGCUGAAAAAUUUUAUGAAAAUAAAAAAACGUUUUUUUAAAAAUUCCACUUCAUUUUGAAAACAAAACAACAACAAAAAAAACACGACAGCAACAAAAACAACAACAACAACUGUACAUUUUCAUUGUAUUCCUUAUUGUUUCAUUCAAUUGUUUAUAUUAUCCAUUACAGUUUGUUUAAUUCUUGUGAAUAUUAUUGAUUGAUGUU